AUGAGUAGAAAGAAGGUGAAACUUCAAUACAUAAUCAAUCAAUCAAAUAGGAGGACAACCUUCAAAAAAAGAAAAACAAAUUUAAUCAAGAAGGUUAGGGAAAUCAGCACCCUCUGUGGAAUAGAAGCAUGUGUAAUAAUCUAUGGUGAAAAUAGUGUUCAACCAGAGGUUUGGCCACUUGGUCCAGGAACACUAAAUGCGAUAUGCAAGUUUCGUGGUGUUCCUGAAUUCGAGCGAAGCAAAAGGAUGAUGGAUUUGGAGGAUUUCUUGAAGAAAAGCAUAGAGAAAUCCCAGGAGCAGUUGAGAAAACAAAUUUUGGAGAACAAGAAGAAGAGAUUUACUAAUUUCAUUGAUAAAGCCCUUAUGAAUCAAUAUAACAAUACUGAUCCUGUGAACUUUAAUGAACUCAAUGAUUUUGCGAAUAUGAAUGAACUCAAUGAUCUGGCAGAAUUUAUCGAUAACAAUAUCAAGAAAGUUGAAAAGGAGUUGAAUUCAAUGCAUGUUGAAGCCCAAGAGCAUGUUGGCAAUGAAAUUGAAGCUAUGACUGGAAUAGAGCAGCAGGAAAAUGUUGGAAAUGCACAAACUAUGGUGAAUGGAGGAAAUGUGCAGGCUGAUGUCCAUGGUUUGGAUAGGAACAUGGGUUAUGAUAUUCAAAGAGAUUAUCAGUAUCUUCCAUGGGACUACUCUGUGUUACCAUAUCAUGAUUAUAAUAUGGACAUAGAUGGCCUUUGA